CAUGCAAAAUUUGGAGCAGAUUCAAUCUCGCUUUCGUGAGAUAUCGCGUAACAUACGAAAGUGUCUAACAGACAAACACACAAAUACCUAUCAACAUACUUACAGAUCGAGAUCGAUAAGUAAUAACACUCCCCGUUGCAUUUUGCCAGCGUUUCAUAUACAGCAUUUCAUAUAUUAUUUCAUAUUUAAGCCGAGGAUUUAUUUCUACUUCCAAUUCUACCUCCCAAUUCAGGGAAUUUGACAAUGCAACUCUGCGCCUGCUAAGACUCCAUUACCAGUAAAAUAUUGUUUACUGGAAUUCUCACAAAACGGUGAAAUAAUGCGGAAAUUUCAUAUUUUAAUAUUGCAUAUUUUUUGAAUUCAUGAGACAUGAAGAAACUGUAAAAUAGAUAUUUAGAAGUUCACAAAUAUUGAUAUUAAAAUAUCAUGUGUCUGAUGUGGACCUGAAAUUAUUAGUUCUCAUAUAUUUACUGACAAACUAUGAUCGAAACUAAGAUUAUAUUGUAGUGGCUAUAUCUAGUGCCGUACUUUGAACUACGAGUGUCAAAAGCUUUCAGAUCAAAUACUGGUAUUUUUUCUUACCAAUUAUGCCUUUUUGUGUUAAUUUAGUUUUUGCAGUUUCGUACACAAAGUUUUCUUAUUUGCAGUAAUUUUUCAUGCUUUUCAAAUGAUUUUUUAGAGUUGAAAACUUAAUAAAUUUAGUUUGCUCUCCUAUUAAAUUGUAUUACAAUCAAUUUUUGUGCAAUUUCAUCAUUUAGUUUAGUCAAUCAUGGCACUUUCAUGCCAACAUCGCAUUUAUUUCUAUGUAACUGGUAUACAGGGUGUCCAUAAAGUACCUUUACAAUUACAUUCUUGUUAUGAAGUCAGUUCUCAAUAUAUCUUGACCAAGUUUGUUGUUUUUUAUUCAGUAAUUGUUCAAGUAUUUUUAUUUCAUUUAAUACAUAUGUGAGUGCUAAAACAAUAUAUGGUAUCAAUAAAUUCCAUUUGCAAUUUUAAAAAAAUUUAAGACUUUAAGGACACCCUAUAACCUACGCAAUGCUUUUAAAUCAGAUGGGAUAUGCAUGGGUAAAAUUAUUUAGUUUGUUUAUUUUAAAUAAUGCCGUGGUAGCCGAUCGUCCAAAUAUUGUUUUUAUUCUCGCUGAUGAUUUGGGAUACAAUGAUAUUGGGUAUCAUGCAAUCAACCAUGAUUCAGACAUGAAAACCCCAUAUCUCGACCAACUUGCUAAAGAUGGAAUAAAACUUGAAAAUUAUUACGUUCAACCGAUAUGCACACCAUCUAGAAGCCAACUUAUGAGUGGAAGAUAUCAGAUACAUACUGGAUUACAACAUGCUGUGCUUCAUCCAAAUCAGAAAAAUGGUUUACCAUUGGAUAAUAUAAUUUUGCCGGAACAACUUAAAAAUUGUGGUUACGACACGCAUAUGGUAGGAAAAUGGCAUCUUGGACAUUUUAAAAAGAAAUAUAUGCCGCAAUAUAGAGGUUUUAAUUCAUUUUAUGGAUAUUUGAAUGGUGAUGAAGAUUAUUACACACGUUAUUUAAAAACAUCCUCGACAGAAUAUGGAGUUGAUUUUAGAGAUGAAAACGGGCCGUUCAAUACAACAUGGGGCCUAUACUCGGCCCACUUAUUCACUGAUCGAGCUAAAAAAGUUAUCGAUGGUCGUGAUAAGUCAAAACCACUGUUUCUGUAUCUUCCGUUCCAAUCUGUACAUUAUCCAAUGCAGGUGCCAGAUCAUUACAUGAAACAAUUUGCUCAUAUUAAAGAUAAAACAAGACGGACAUACGCAGGAAUGCUUGCCGCUCUCGAUGAAGCCGUUAUGAAUAUAACAGAACAUUUGAAAACUUCAGGAAUGUUUGAUAAAACGAUUAUCAUAUUUUCAACGGAUAAUGGCGGACAUACAGAUUAUGGAGGAAAUAAUUGGCCACUAAGAGGCAGGAAAGCGACUUUAUGGGAGGGAGGGGUAAAAGGUGUCGGAUUUGUGGGGGGAGGGUAUUUGAAAAUAUCGGAUGUUAAAGGCAGUAACUUUAUGCAUAUUUCUGACUGGUUUCCUACUAUAUUGUCAGCGGCAAAUUGUCAAAAAAUUCACGGAACUCAACCACUCGAUGGCUUUAAUCAAUGGAACGCCAUUCUUCAGAAAGAGCCAUCGCCAAGAAAAGAACUUCUACAUAAUAUUGACCCCCUUAAAGGAAAGCCUAUUAAAUCAAAAAUUAUUCAAGGCGUAGAUAUAACUAUUCAAUGCGGGAUAAGAUCUGGACCUUGGAAGUUAUUUCUUGGAAAUCCUGGCUUUUCUGAUUGGGUGAAUCCACCAGAGUCGCGAAAAAUAAAUCCAUAUUUUUCUUCUAUGUCUGAUUCCAACAAAAACCUAGAGGGUUGGAAUGCACAUUCUUAUAAACGUGAUGCUUCUAUCAUGUUAUUUCACAUUGAAACUGACCCAUACGAACGCCAUGAAAUUUCAUCCUAUUUUCCAUCUGUAGUGACAGCUUUACUAGAAAGAAUCAAAGCAUAUAAUGCAACUGCCGUACCACCAAGGUAUCCUCCAGGUGAUAAUAAAGCUUCUCCCAAAUAUCAUGGAGGGUAUUGGGGUCCUUGGGUAGAGUGAUUCUGAUUUACGUUAGAAUUUACAAAAUACGUUAUUAAAAGCAAGUUAAUAAGGGCUGGGCCGGACGAAAUAUUCGAAUAUUAAAAUUUUAGAGUAGCAGUUUACUGUUACAUUGUCUGGUAACAUGACACGUCAUUAAGCCUUCUUAUCAGUUUUCUUCUUCCCUGGGAUAAAUAUGUAAAUACUAUCCUAUCCAGGGUGCAAUACCUUUGGUAGACUAUGCUGAAAACUUCAAGAUAUCUAAUCGGAGAAUAAAACUUAAGAGCCCUGUUUGUUGAUGAGUUUCUAUAAAUAUUCAUUAACUUGCAGUUUCUUUUAUUCCUAAGCAUAACAACUGCCAAAUUUUUUUGUUUAUUGUGCAAAUCUUUCAUACUACAUACAAUAAGUUAUGCCAUAGAAAGUUACCUGCAAUUGCUUUUUUUCCUGAACGCAAUAACUGCAAAUUUUUUGUUUAUUGCGCAAAUUUUUUAUGCUACUUAUGAUAAGUUAUGCCAAAGAAUGUAACAUAACAGAUAUAGUAUUUUUAGAUUUCUCCUUUGCAUUGGAACUUUGGUACUUAAUUACUUUCAAAUAGGCUUAGUGCAAUGUUUGCUCCAAAAAUGUUUUUGUAUACUAACCAUAGUUUUUGAUAAAUUUUAUUCUGCAUGAAUUUCCCACUAGAUACACAUACAGCAUGCUAUUUAAAGAUCAAUUUCAUGUGAUGGAAAUAUUUUGACAGCAUUCCCGUAGAUUUCGUCCUUUCUUAUUACUGAGCAGUCUUGAUAUUUUUUAACAUUUGCCAAAUGGAGGUAUAUUGUUUUGACCCUCACAGAUUUUUUACGAGGUCAAAAUACUUCAGUAAUUACUGAUUAAAAAUUAACAAACCUCCCUCGUUGAGAUAUAUAUAUUGAGAACUGACUUCAUAAUAAAAUUGAAAUUGUAAAGAAACUCUAUGUAGAUUUAAUUGAAAAUCAAGGAACAUGAAAUACUAGAAAACACCAGCCUAAUGAGAAUUAUAACUGUGCAAUUCCAGUCUUCAAGUGUUCUUUUUCAUAUCUGGUUCAUUUUCAACUUUUUAUACUUUUUUAUCAAUAAAUUUUUGAAUAUAGAAA